AUGAAGGGCUUGCAGCAGACGAUGAGUGUAGGGCGGGACUCGAUCGACUCCUUGAUGAAUGUCUGUGGAGACAACCUGGAGGAGGAUGCCUCGGACCAGGCACAAGUGCAGGACAUCGGGAAGCUCGUGGCGGAAAUAUCCACGCAAGCGCUGUUGCAGAAGCGCAGGCUGACAGAGUUCAAGUCAAAGACGGCCAAGGUGCAGGGCAAAGGUUUGAAUGAGCAGACUAAUAUGAUCGAGAAGUCUUAUCAGCAAAUCCUCGCCAAGGACCCAAACCAUGUUCCCACCAUGAACGAGUACGCCCUGUUCAAUCUAGUGGUCAAAAGGCAGUACGACGCUGCUGAAGAGCUGUACCUGGCUGCUCUCAAUGUAAGCCCGUUUCACACGCUCACUUUGUGCGACUAUGGUUUCUUCCUCGAGAGGAUACGAGGCGACUUCGAUGGAGCAGAGGCCCUCUACCAGCGGUCGCUCAGGGUAGACCCCCAGCACUUGCCAACCCUUGCGAACUAUGCGUUGUUCCUGCAUGAUGUUCGGAGACAGUACGGGAAGAGUUUGAAGAUGUACAAUCAGAUGGUGAGGCUGAACGCGUUCAAGGACGAGGAUCCAAACCUCUCCAAGGGCGCAGAGUCUCUGCUGACAAGCGCGCACAAGAAGGAUCCAGAAAGUGAGAUCAUCGAGGAGGAAAUUCACCACCUGCGGCUGCAGCAGUCAAGGCGGUACCUGAAGAUAACAGAGAUGCUGAAGCACAAAGAGGGGGAAGAAACUAGCUCACAGCCCGCACUGGAGUCAAGGAAAGUUGAGGACGUAGACAAGCACGACGAACUGGACGAUGACCUUGAUAUCGACGCUCUCCGAAUCAAGGAUGCAACGGGGAAAGUAGCGAACGAGGCCUACACUGCCCAGCAGGAGGACAACAGCUGGAUCGACUCCCGCUCGACCUCUUGGAAAGCUGCCAUCCUGCGGCUGCGGCACCGCUUCUCAUGGAAACCGUACUACUUUGUGAUGAAGGGCACCAGCAUCAGCUUCUUUACUAGUGAGGACUCGUACCUGGCCAGCGAGAAGGAGCUCGGGACGAUAUGGAUCAGUUCCUGUCAGGUGAAAUCAGCAAGCGUGACCAACGGGGGAAUCUUUCCCCUGAAGUUGGAGGAUAAGAAGAUGAAGUACAAGUAUACCCUCGGGUUCAACGAUGGGGUGGUGCGGGAUGAGUGGGAGAAGGCGAUCUUCAGCACCAAGAACUCGAUCAAGCGGGGGCUGGUCAGCGUCCCAGGAGACGAGGGCUCCAAGGAGGAGGCCGAGGAGGUAGCGUUCAAGAGCUUGCUGACGGAGGAACACAAGGCAACCAUCUACAAAGGAUACCUGAACGAGCUGGACGAGACCGGGCUGAACGAGUAUGACUACAUGAUCGUCAUGCCGCAAGUCUUUUCGGGCUGGAGCGCCUCGGCGAUCAAGAAGAGGAAGGAGAGCCAGAUGGAGAUCAUCAAGAUCCUUCGGAUGCAGCACCUCAUCGUUCGCUGCAUCAAGUCGAGGGACGAGGACGAGCUCUUCCUCCUCAUCCGCGCUCCUCGGCCGGAGGAAUGGGCGAUCGAGAGCAACGCGGGGCAGGGAAGCGGCAUGGAGCCAUCCGGGGACGAGCUGGCGCUGUACUCGAAGCGCUCUUCGGGGGUCCAGGACUGGCUGACUAUGUGGGCGGACAAGCUGAAGCCCGAGUACCUGGUAAGAGAGUUCAAGGAAGGAUUCAAGGGCUGCACGCUUCCUUACGACUUUGGGCUCCGCCAUCUGUUUGUGAGGGAAGGAGAAUUCAACGACCCCCGGGCUGUGAAGCCCAUCCGGGUGGACCAGGCGUUCAGGCUUCCAGGGCAGCUGAGGGGGAAGAAGGAGCUGGAAAGGUCGGAGGCGCUCAAGAAGCAGAGCGGGACGCAUCUAGCCGAGUGGGACCUGAGCAUGGAGGCUCACCGGGUGGCGCAGAACUACGCUAAGACGAUAGGAGGGAAGCAGAAGUCGUUCACGGACUGGAGGAACGAGCAGAUGCGGAUCGGGACGAUGCGGGCCUCCUCGAAGCGCCAGGAGCUGAUCCGCAAGGUGAUGGACCUGACGCUGAAGAGGAGGAUGACGGAGACUUGGUUCUGCCGCAACGACGAGCUCAACCGAAACUGGAUCGAGCUCGAGAGGAGGAGCGUCAUCAAACUCAUCACCCCCCUCCACCACCAGGCCAGCAACGACUGGCUGAAGCAGAACUGGGCGGGGAUAUACUGCCUCACUAGCGCCUUUCUGUCUGCUUCUUCCCCCUUGGACGAGGUAGUGGCGUACUUCUCUGAAGAGAUCGCCUUCUACUUCGCCUUUAUCGGCCACUACAAUCGCUGGCUCAUCUUCCCUGCCGUCUUCGGCGCUGGAGUCUUCGGAUACAACAUCAUCUAUGCCCCCGUAACGCUGGACACCCCGGCUCUUGUCAUCUACAUGAUCUUCCUGGCUCUGUGGAGCACGCUCUUCCUCGAGACGUGGAAGAGGAGGCAGAGCGAGCUGGCGCACUCGUGGGGGGUGAUGAACACAGCGAUAGAGCACAUCCCUCGCCCUCAGUUCAGAGGCAACGUCAAGCUCGACCUCUGGACGAAGAAGACGGACUACAAGGUGCCCAAGAGGUCAGUGAGGAUGCGAAUUUUCUCUGUUCCCAUCCUCCUCGUGUUCGUUGCCGUGAUCUGCAUCGUGACUAUCUACAUCCUCCUCAACAAGAGCGACUUCAAGGCCGACUCUGGAGGAGGAGGCAGCAAGGCCUGGUUCACGGGGGGAGCGUUGAGCACCGGGCUCCUGUGCUCAUUUGCGAUGAUGAUCUUCGACCAGGUCGGGCAGACACUGUCUAUCGUCCUCACCACGAGAGAGAAUCACAAGACGUACUGGGGGCACGAGAAGUCCCUUCGCAACAAGUUCGUGAUGUUCCAGCUCUUCAACUUCUUCCUCGCCCUCUUCUGGACGGCCUUCCAUGGCGACUUCGGCAGCCUCUGCGUCGCCAGCUCCGAUGCCGUCCUGACGUACCAGCAGUGCAUCGACCUGCACAAGGCAGGGUACGGCGCUCCCGACGACAUCUGCGCGCAGCCCGAGCAGAUCUUUCAGAGCUCCGACAAGCUGAACCAGGCAGAGCAGUUCGUCCUGUUUACAGUGAAAAACAUGGACCCCUCCGAACUGCGGCAGAUCGGGUCGGCGUGCCUAGGGGGUACCACCAUGCACUCCCUCUUCCUCAUCUUCCUCAUCAUCUACACCUCUCGCCUUCUCGUCAGCAUCUUCACUCAGUACGUGUAUGCUCCCUUCUUAGACCGAGUGCGGGAGAUCAGUCAGGAGCUCUACCUCAGGACGAGGGUGAGGGACCGGGCGAUCGACAGGCUGACGAGGAGGAAGCUGCGGAUGGAGCGGCAGAAGCAGAAGAGGAUGAACGAGUUGCAGGCGAGGACGACGGACAUCCUCCCGAUGCCCCCGCUCGCCUCCAAGGAUGACGAGAGGAAAGAGGUCUCGCUUCUGGCCAACGCCGGGGGGAUCUACGGGCUGGUCAUCAAGUUCUUGGAGUGGAGGAGGCAGAGGAAGGAGGCGAGUCGGCAGCACAAAACCGCCAGGAAGAACCGGGAGGAUGAGGAGGAGGAUGCAGAGGAGGAGGUCGAAGUUGAAGACGACGAGGAGCUGGAUGCGUUUGAGGAGGAAGACUUCAGGCAGAUCUCCUUCGACAUCUCCAUCCCUGGCUCGGAGUCCAGAUUGGCACCGUAUUCCUCCUCAUUCUUUGAGAUCGAUCAGAUGUUCAUCCAGUUUGGCUACAUCGCGCUCUUCUCCGCCGCCUUCUCUAUCGCUCCCCUCCUCUCUUGGAUAAACAACCUUGUCGAAGUCCGGCUGGACGCCAGGAAGCUCACCUCCUACAGCCGACGGCCCUUGAUCAAGCAUGCCAAGGAGCUGGAGUUCUGGAUCGAAGUGCUCGAGCUCCUCGCCUACCUGGGUCUCAUCUGCAACGUCCUCCUCCUCGGCCUCGGCUCCUUCUCCCUCCGCGACCUCCUCGGCCUCACCCAGGACCUGCCCAGCUCGAGCCCGCCAGACGCCGUGCAGUACAAGACGGCAGACGAGCUGAGCUCCCUGGGGAAGGACUUCCGGGGGCGGGUGACGAUGCUGUGGUUCAUGCUCGCAAUGGAGCACGCGAUCUUUCUGGUCAAGAUCGCCUUCGCCUUCUUCAUCGAGGACGCGCCAGGGUGGGUGAAGGAGGCGGAGAAGGGGAUCAGAAAGUACCGCAACCGCAAGUACCUGGAGAGCGCUUUCCAGCACGACGACGAGGGGAGCGAGGGGCAGGAGUUCGGGAGAUGCACGGGGGAGCUGAAGGGAGAGCUGCUGUCGGCCAUGCACGAGAGGAACGUGUCCGACAUCCUGGACGAGAUGACGAACGCUCCUAGCGAGCGGCCGAGGAGGCAGGAGCGGAUCAUGACGCUGCUGUCGGUGGUGCAGCGGCAGGGGCUGGUGGACGACAAGGGGCUGCCCCUUGGCCUCGACCAGGCGCUGGCGCGCGAGCGGCAGCGGCCCAACGGCGGGAAGCUGGGGACGGAGAAGCACUUCACAGCAAGCAGCGAGCUGGGGUUCGCGAGCAUGGUGGAGGAGGAGCCGGUCGCCAACGUGGUGGUGCGGAUAGUGGAGGCGAUCCGACCGCACGUGUUCAUGAAUUCUGACAAGAAUGUGGAGAUGAAGGAAGCAGACUUUCUCUUCUUCUCCCUCCGCGCGUCCUGUCCCGGGUUCCAGCACAAGCAGAACACGAGGGUGGUGGAGGCGUCGCCGACCCUCUCGUGGAAAGAGCCGCUCGUCGUUGCUGUGCCUUCGCUUCCUGUUGCCUUGGAGCUCGAGUUGUACUCGUACAAGGGGCAGGAGGAGCCAGCAGGCCUGCUGGCAACGGCGAUGACCUGCGUGACUGGAGGAGUUUUUGAUGUGGACCCAAUCAGGUCGACCAUCCGGGUGCAGGAUGAGCAGGAUUCAUGGCUGCCGAUGACUCAGCCUGACUCGUGGGAGACGGUCAUCUCCAGCGGCGCUCUUCAUUUGCAGCUUUCGAUAGAGUUCUUCCGCGAAGAGGACAGAGUGGGAGUUAAGGAUAAAGACAACAGCUCAGGGGAUGCGACGGAGGAGGACGUCUCAGUCGCAGGAGAGGAGGAAGAGCACGGGACGACGAGGAGGCCGGCCGGGCGGUCGGUGCUGGACACCGUCGGAGGGAUCGGGGCGGAGGUGGAGGACAUGGAGGACCCGAGGAGCGGGAGCAUGCUCGCCUGCAUCAAGGGCGUCAGGAGGAAGUCGCCCGCCGAGGCAGCGGGGAUCCGAGCUGGGGAUCGCGUGCUGAGAGUGGACGAGAAGAACGUGGAUGGGAUGGGAGCUUUCCUCGUCCGCUCCCUCCUCUACGGCCCCGUCAACAGCCGCCUCUCCCUCACCCUCCUCCGCCGUGCGGCCGACUCCUCGGGACUGGACAGGAUAUUUAAGGUGCAGCUUGUAAGGGAUGCGGACCUCAAGCUCAAUCUCGCUUCCAAGAAGCAGAUCCAUCGAGACAUCAUCCUCAACAUCGUGUCGGCGAUGCGGCCGCACGUGUUCAGCGUCAUGCAGGAGGAGGAAGCGCUCACUCCCUUCUACUCCUUCCCGGAGCUGCUCCACGCCCUCAAGGACGGCAGCGUAACCCGGCAGUCGCUCCUCCUCUGCCCGCAGCUCAACAUCGACGUCUGGACUCAGAUCACUCGCCUCCCCGACGUCUGCAUGCUCCUCGAUUUCGCCAGGGAGGCGACCAAUGAGGAGAUGCGAGAGCUGACAGAGCACGGGGCGGUGGGGGAGGAGGAGAGGAUGGACACGGAGACGGUGGAGCCGACGAGCCGGACACGAUCGGACGGAGGUGAAGGAGGCUCGGUCUUGGACUCUGACUCGGCCUCAGUCUCCUCCAUCAUCUCCGGGGAUUGA